UUCAAAAUCCUAGAGUUGAAAAGUCUAGAACUUGGCUGAAUUUCAAGCUUGGAGCUUGGAAACUGGCUCUCAGAUUAAUUUAAAAAAAUUCAAUGAAAUUCUUUAUUCUAUAUUGAUUCAUACAACAAGUACAUAAUCAAAAAUGACAGGGAGAGAAAAAAUAAGGAAACCUUGUGCUAUUCCUCUCCCAAAUUUAGAUAAGGUUACAUAUAGUCCGAAAUAGGUUAAGUCUUUACUUAUUGUUCGCUUUAGUCUUUAGUUGUUCUCUAGUUGUUCACUUCACUAAAUUUUCAGUUCUUAUAAUUUUUCUCACAAUGUAGAUUUUUAAAUUUAGUUGCUUCAAAACCAAACAUAGAAUAAAUAAUAAUAAUUAUUAUUAUCAAUAACAAAUUGCAAACAAAAUAAUUAUCGUAUGGUUUGCAACACUGCCGCGGAACAGUGGAAUCACAGAAAAUAGCGAUGUCUUUGACCUUUACUCCAAAGACCUUAAAGAUACCUCUGUUACACGUCUUUGGUUUAUUCCACCAUCGUUUAUGGGGAGAGGGAGCGAGUGAUGAUGCAGAAGAGUUGUGGUAACCAAUGCUAAAUAGCAUUACUGGAAUCGCAUAUUUUUGAGAAUCACAUUGAACAGAUGAAACUGAUGAUGCAGUAGUCUACUUAAUUCAAGCUUGGCGCGCUCGCAAAAAAUGUUUCUCUUUUGGUUUCUUCACCUUUUUUUUGUAUUUAUUUUAAAUAUUUUUUAUUUAAUAAUAUACACAUUACUUAUCAAUUUUUGUCCAGUCAUCGGCGAAUCCAGAGAUGACCGGACGCCUCACCUCUGCAAACCACGUACAACUAUGAAUCUUAUUACCUAUUAUUUAUUGUAGGUAGUUCAAUGUUUUGUCAAAAGCUAGUGUGGCAUAUGAGUAGCCCACAUGCAAACUGUGAGGCCAUUCCAGACCGUCGUAAACUUUAAGGCCGUUUCUCUAGACCGUCCUAGCUUUUUUGUGUGAUUUUUGUGUGAUUGUCAAGUUUGUAGCUCAUCAAGUUUUCAGUUGAUUUUUGUGGUGUGGUGAAGAAUACCGUUCACAGCUUAGGUAAAAGUGUCUCACCAACUCUCGACUCUUUGAAACUGCGAUCUCGUACCGGCUAGUGCCGGAAUUUAGUGCCACCCUAAUAGGAGCGCGCCUAAUUGUAGCGAGAUUCGAAGGUGAACUUUGGUGUCACAUUGUAAAAAUUUCAUAUCAAAAUCCUUAGCAUAAUCAAUCAUUCAACUUCAAUAUAUUUUGUCCAUUCAAAUAAAUUUAUUCAACCGUCAAAAUAUUUACAAUUAUAUUUUUAUAUGAUUUUGUCAUUGCCAUCUCGAUCAUACUGUUAACUGUUCCAAGGAGGAUAAUAAACUGUUCUAAUACUCUGUUACAGAAUGUAGUAUCUGUUCCAUUUUUACAUUAUUACUAUAGAAGUACUGUUUUGAUUUGAAUUAAUUAUUAUUAUACAAGAUUUACUAACUGAUCUUCACCUUCCAGUCUUAUGUUUUGUUAAGACUUUAUUAUGAGAUCAAAAUGUAAUUAUAUUUAGUAUACUGUUGAGUGUUUUUUGAAUGUGAUAAUUGAGUUUCUUAUCUAAAAUAUUUAAAAGUGAAUCUGAAUAUAGAACUAUCUUUUUGCAAAUAUUUCUGUAAUAGCCGGUCUUGAGCUGUUCUUGAAGAAUGAAGUGCAAGAAUAUUCCGGCUGAGUUCCAUCGUGAAAGAGUUGGCGUUGCAUCUAGUGCAGAUGCUCGAUUCACCCAUAACAAGAUCGAAGAAUGGAUUGAUAAUCUUGAUAUUCAUGCUUAUCGCAGGCUCUAUCUUGAAAUAGUAGAUGCUCCUCCAGUGCUCUAUUUGGAUUUUCUAUCAAUACUAAGCUUGAAGUUGAACUGGUUUGUCGCCGCUUCAACGGAACUUGCUAUUAUACCACACAACCAAGAAUAUCACCAUCUAUUUCACUUGACUAUUCCGUAUGGAUUGGUGAUUUAUACACUUUGACUGUUCUGUACUGUAUGGAAUUUGAGUAUUCAUAAGAAUGACUUGUCUUAUACUCCCUCCUGAAGUCUCCAAGACGAAAUCUUAAAAAAAAUCUAGUCUAUACACCAGGCUUCAUCAUAGAUUACUUCUGCUCAGACUUGGAUUACCAUGCUAUAAUAAGUCAAUUGAUAACAUCUCCGAUAUGUCAAUAAUCCUCAUUUUAUAGUAAACCCUUGAGAUUGAAGUGCUAGAUGAAUUACUUGAAAAGGUGACGGUCAACCCGAAUUUAUGUUUCUUGAAUUAUCUUUGUUCGGUUGUGAAUCACCCAGAAUUGUGCAUGGGUUUUUGCCAGAUCAAUGCGAAUGAAGUUUACCAUAAAAAUAUUUUAAGGGACGGUUUCCGAGCUCGGGAUUUAGCUAAGUUCUAGACUUUAAACAGCUGGAGUCAGAAAACUGGCUUUCCGAAACGGGGCCUCGUCGUAGUCCACGUUUAAAUUAAA